CCUGUCCCUCCUGGCCAAUGGGAGCUUUCGAUUAGCAACACGCUGACCAACCAGCUUCGUCGUCCGUCUUGGCAUUUUGAAAAAGUUGGCGGCCGUAGUCGUCCCGUUUCGGACGAGGAAGAAUUCGAGCCACGAUAUAAAGUUGCCAAUUUCCCACAAAUAUGCAGAAUAAAGAAAAUCAUCAGCCAAGGGCUUUCCAGCAACAGACCCCCAGCAUGGUGGCGGGCCCACAGUGUGUACUGAUGAAGCCGUGGCUAGUCGCAGACAAAAACGUCAUCCCAGGACCUGUGAGAGAGUGUGUUGGUUCAUCCUCCAGUUUGGUUGCAAACAGGCAGAUCACCAUUGAUGACUUUGACAUCGGUCGACCCCUGGGGAAGGGCAAGUUUGGCAAUGUGUACCUUGCCAAGGUGAAGAAGCUGCAGGCAGUUGUGGCUCUGAAGGUGUUGUUUAAGUCCCAAAUGGAGAAGGAGGGCGUGGAGCACCAGCUCAGGAGGGAAAUCGAGAUCCAGGCCCACCUCAAGCAUCACAACAUCCUUCGCUUUUACAACUAUUUUCAUGAUCGCAAGAGGGUGUUUUUGGUGCUCGAAUAUGCGCCACGUGGCGAGCUGUACAAGGAGCUCCAGAAAUACGGACGCUUUGAUGACCUGCGCACUGCCACUUACAUGGAAGAGAUCUCAGAUGCACUGUUAUACUGCCACUCGAAGAAAGUGAUCCAUCGCGAUAUCAAACCAGAGAAUCUACUUCUUGGCUAUCGUGGACAGCUGAAAAUUGCAGAUUUUGGUUGGUCAGUCCAUGCACCUUCUCUCAGGCGUCGUACAAUGUGUGGAACCCUGGAUUACCUCCCUCCCGAGAUGGUCGAGGGCCGCACCCACAGCGAGAAGGUGGACCUGUGGUGCAUCGGAGUCCUCUGUUUUGAAUGCCUUGUGGGGAAUCCUCCCUUUGAAAGUCGCUCUCCAUCUGAAACGUACAAAAGAAUUAUGACGGUGGAUCUGAAAUUCCCAAACGUUGUCUCCGAUGGUGCACGGGACCUGAUCCGCAAGCUGCUGCGCCACAGCCCCACCGAUCGUCUAACGCUACAGUGUGUCAUCGAUCACCCAUGGGUGCGCGACAACUCGCGCCGGGUCUUACCCCCCAACUGUCCCACCAAAACCCUGUGACCCCAAAGCUGCCUGCUUUAUUUUUUUUGUUUGGUGUUUUUAUUUACCGGUGCACCUUAAUAAAUGAUAUUGUUGAAACGUU